UGAGGCUAAGGGUGACCUAAUUAUGAUACAAAUCUUGCUGGCCUGAACAUCUAUCAUGCACAAUCGUUUCGACGCAAUUUGUUCAGCUGCAAUUGCUUGUUGUCUGUCCUCAAGUUAAAAUGUAGGUGGUUGGAUUUUGUGGUGAUUAGAUCCCAAUGAAACAGAGAAGUGGAUACAGGAAAAACUCCAGAGUCGAAAAUGAAGAAAAAUCCCAAGAAGCCGGCUAUCUGUCCGCUCUUCUUUAUCAAUGGAUGAACAGUAUCUUCAAGACAGGUGCUCAACGACCUUUAUAUCAGGAGGACUUUUUACCCUUGACGAAGGAUGACUCGGCCUUCUUCUUGACCAACAAACUUCAGGCAAUUUGGAACGAGGAGAGAGAUAAAAGCAAGAAAAAUGGAAAAAGACCUAAGCUUUGGAAAUGCUUAUUCAAGAUGCUCUCCGUUGACGAUCUCUUGGUUAUUGUGUUCGGGCAAGGCUUAUGUUCAACUUAUCUUCUACUUUAUCCAUUGUUUCUUGGAUAUCUUGUUUCCAGUUUAAUGUCACCUGAAACAGAAAAAAAUCCUCUUUACUAUAUCUGCGCAUUGGGUUUAUGUUUCAUUUCUUUGGUUGGAACUUUCGGUUUACAUCAUAAAGGUUACAGGUCUGAGCUGUUUGGGAUCCGAAUUAGCAGUGCCUUAAGAGGUUUGGUGUACCGUACGAGCCUUCUUCUAAACAAAGAAACACUUCAAAAAUUUACGACAGGGCACGUCCUUGACCUGAUAUCUAAUGAUGUUAAAAGAAUGGAGAAUCAAACUUUCCCACAUUUUUUUGGAUUACCGUUCAACGUCCUCGAAAUUGUGGUGGUAGUGCCUCUUCUUGGUUUCAUGAUUGGCUGGCAAGCCAUCGUGGCAGCCAUUUUCCUCCUCUUACUUGUUCCAUAUUUCGCUGAGUUAUCCUAUGCCAGCGCUGCAGUGCGUCUGCGUACAGCGGCUGUGUCCGAUCGACGCAUUUCGCUGAUGAGUCAGGUGGUUGCAGGGAUACGUGCCAUAAAAACGCAUGCGUGGGAGGAUAAAUUCCAAGAAAAAAUUCGCGACAUACGAAAGCGUGAAAUUAGCGCCAUUCAUCUGAAGAAUGCUCUUCAGUCAACUGUUGAUGGCUUGCUGUUCAGUGUACAGGCUAUGGCAACCUUGGUAUCAGUCCUCACUAUGAUGCUGACUGGUCAGACCAUCACACCUGUGAAUGUUUUUGUGCUCCUUUCUUAUGUCGGUAUUCUCAGGCGAAGUACUUGCAAUGAGAUGGCUAUUGGUUUCCUCUUAGCAAACGAUGCCUAUGUUUCUUUAGGCAGAAUCGAAGACUUUCUUCUUUUAGACCAACUGCCUGGAAAUUCCGAAGAUGAACAUGAAGAGGACAGAUAUGACCCCGAGAUUAACUCUGUCAAACGAAAAGAGAAUACGGACCUUGAUUUCUCUGCUGUCGAAUUAAAAGAUAUGGAAAGGCCAUCACCACUUUUAGUAUCAGACUUAACAUACAAAGGAACUGAUCGUGAACAUAAAUUCAUUCUCCAGGACAUCGAGUUCAUCACACCGUCAAAAAGUUUAACAGUUAUCACCGGGCCAGUGGGUAGUGGAAAGUCCACUCUUCUGUCAGUGAUCGCCGGAGAAAUCUCAGAAACAAGUGGAACGAUAACCAAUCGAGCAAAGAUCGUCUAUUUGCCACAGACCGCAUGGAUUUUUUCUGGAACUAUACGAGAAAACAUUUUAUUUGGCCAGCCAUACGUAGAAACCAAGUACGCCUGCGUACUCGAGGCCUGCGCUCUCAGGAAAGACAUUCAGCACUUUCCUGACGGUGACCUAACAGUUGUAGGAGAACGUGGCGAGGUACUGAGUGGAGGGCAGCAGGCGAGAGUGAGUUUAGCUCGUGCAGUUUACGCUGACGGAGAUCUUUAUCUAUUAGAUGAUCCGCUGAGUGCUGUUGACUCGAAAGUAGGACAACAUAUUUUUGACAAAUGCAUCAAAGAGCUGCUAAGGGACAAAACCCGUUUAUUGACUUCUCAUCAUGAACAACACAUGAAAGAUGCCGAUGAAGUGAUUGUGAUAUACAAAGGGCGCUUGCUGGGAAAGGGACGUUUCAAUGAGCUGCAAGAAAAAGGCAUUAUUAGUUCAACCAUCAACCCGCUCCAUAAAACAUCCCUAAAUGACAAUAGUGACUUGAACGAGAGCCUUGGCUGGGAUAGUGAUUCAAGUUCGGUAAAUACUGGAAAGCGUGGAAGAAGAGCACCUCUUUUCAAUGAAGGAAAGUGUCUCCAAAUGUCCAAAGAAGAUCGUGCAGUUGGAGUGGUGACAUUCAAGCUCUACUGGGACUACUUUAGAAGUGGACUACAUCCCUUAGUUAUUAUUGUAGUGCUCUGUUUCUGUAUUAUCACGCAAGUUGUGAUAGCUGCUCCUGAUCUGUGGCUUCCUUUUCUCAUAAAGCAAACCCCAGAUGAGCAGAGAGAUGAGACAAAUCUGGCUAUCUAUGGAAUGCUGGUGGCUGCAUGCUUUAUAUUUGCUGUCGUUCGAGCAUACGGAUUCCUUAUGGUGUGUCUGAGAUGCGCUGAUCGUCUUCACGACAAAAUGGUUGUGGCAAUUUUACAAGCUCCGGUUCUGUUCUUUGAUUCAAAUCCCGCCGGAAGAAUCCUAAAUCGCUUUUCUAAUGACAUAGGCUGUGCGGACGAACUGUUACCCAAAACAUUUCUGUUGGCGGUGGAAAUUCUCUUGCUGAUGUGUGCUGCUGUACUCAUACCAAUUGCGUCAAAUCCCUGGCUUCUGUUAGUUGCUAUUCCGCUGACCGUGUUAUUCGUGUACAUUUCGAAGUAUUACAUGAAGAGUGCCAGAGAACUGAAACGUUUGGAGUCAAUAUGCCGCAGUCCAGUCUUUUCUCAUUUCUCAGAGACAGUGAGAGGACUGAGCACAAUUCGGACAAGAGGAAGACAGAGUGAUUUUAUUGAUACAUUUUACAGAUAUCAAGAUAUUCAUAACCAGUCAUAUAUUUUGGUGAAGGCGAGCGGCAGAUGGCUCGGUGUACGCCUUGAUCUUAUGGCUACCUGUUUGGUUGGUGCAGCCACUGUAGCAGGCGCGUUAACAGCUCAAAAUGCCGCUUUUGCUGGGCUUUCCUUUGUUUACGCCAUUCAGUCGCUGACCUGGCUUCAAUACUGUGUCAGAACAACCUCUGAUGUGGAGAAUUAUAUGACCUCAGUUGAAAGAAUCAUCACCUACACCAGGCUUGACUCUGAGCCUGGAUACGAAGUGAAGCGACUCCCCCGGGAAGACUGGCCAAAUGAAGGGAGUAUCACAUUUAGAGAUGUAUCAUUGAUUUACUAUCCAGGGGGACCUCAAGUGCUAAAGAAUAUAAAUUUAAGCAUCAAAGGGGGAGAAAAAAUCGGCGUUGCUGGCCGCACAGGUGCAGGAAAGUCAUCGUUUGUAGCAGCUCUUUUGCGCAUGCCUGAUGCUGAUGGAGAAAUCAUGAUUGAUAAUGUCCCAAUAAACGAGAUGAACAUCCAAGAGGCCCGGCGAUGCAUCUCUGUUCUUGGCCAAAAUCCUGUCCUUUUCAGUGGAUCGUUGAGAAGUAAUCUGGAUGUGUUGGAGCAUUAUCAAGACGCUGAUCUUUUGCAAGCUCUAGAGGAUGUGCAGCUGAAAGAUUUUGUAGAAAAUUUGAAAGGACAGUUGGAGCACGAGUUGAUGGAAGAUGGAGCAAAUGUCAGUGUUGGGGAGCGGCAGUUGAUUUGCUUGGCUCGUGUGUUGCUGCAGAAAAGCAGGAUCAUCAUAUUAGACGAACCUACUGCCCAUGUGGAUCCAGAAACGGAACAAACCAUCUGGAAAGUAGUGCGCGAUAAACUGAAGGACUUCACUGUCAUUACUAUAGCACACCGUUUGAACACCAUUAGAGACUGUGAAAAGAUUUUGGUUUUCAAAGAUGGAGAGGUUGAUGGAUUUGAUAAAUUUGAGUCGCUGUGAACCUAAAGGAAGGUAUACAUUGGACAAACUAGUACGAGUUUGAAAAACUU